AUGGUUUACCGCCUCAUCGUGGCGCGGGGGGUCUCCCCAGCUGAGGAAUUCGAUGUUUUCGGUUCCCCGGAUGCCCAGCUAAGAGUAGGCCAUGCUAGGAGCCCCACCGUCUGGCUGAUUAAGUCGCUAGUUUGGGAAAAAAUUUUAUCGCCUAUCAUCAACUGCUACUCUCCAACAUCAGCAGCUGGUGAUUCGGAACUUGAUGCUUUUUGUAAGGAUUUGGAGGAAGUCAUCCACAAAGAGAAGUCCUUCUACAAAUUCGUCGUGGUGACUUCACCGCGAAAAUUGGGAUGUGAAGAAGGGGAGCAUAGGAUCGGGAGAUUUGGAACAGGACUCCGGAAUGAGAACGGCAACCGUCUUGUUGGGCUCUCGUCUGCCGCACGACUUUUUCAUGGCAAUCCCAUCUUCAUGAAGAAGGAACAUCGGCGGUGGACGUGGAAGUCACCCAACGCGUUUGACAGCAUCGAGACUAACGCCAUACUGUCGACGCUCGUCGACCAAGGGGUGGACCCAUCUUACGUGAGGACAUUGGCCGACUGCUACAGGAAUUGCGCUACAACGGUACAGCUUUUCCAUCGUCUCCCUGACAUACCAGCUUCGAAGGGGGUUCGACAAGGCGACUGUGUCGCCGAAGCUGUUUACCGCCGCCUUGCAGUGGGUGAUGAAGUCACUGGAUUGGAGUGA